AUGUGUAUUGUAAUAGCUACAACAGAACAUCCUCAGUUCCCCUUGAUACUCUUGUCUAACAGGGAUGAAUACUUCAAAAGACCCACUCAAAUGGCCACAUUCCGAAAGGUUGAUGAUACAACUGAGAUUCUUUCGCCGCUUGACUUGGGCAGACCAGAACAUGGAACAUGGAUUGGCGUCUCUAACCAUGGUAAGAUAGCUGUUUUGGUCAACUACAGAGAGCCUGAUUCUACCACUGCACUUAGUCAGGUGUCACGAGGUGUUCUUCCCAUACAGUAUCUAAUAUCAGAAGAGGAUGAUGAAGAAUGGCAUAGCAAUUUGCUGAAACGAAUUGACUUAGGAAAAAUAGGCGGGUUUACGUUCAUCUAUGGCAAAUUGGGGGUCGAUGACUCCUCCAAACUCAACCAUCUAAAUGUGUUGAGUAAUCGAGGAGAUAAAGGGACCCUUUUUGACUCGCAUGGGGAGUCGAAACUACACGGAGACUUCAGCAAACAAAGAACUAUUGGUAUUUCGAACUCCUUGUACUACAAUCCGUGGACAAAGGUAAAGAUGGGCGAGGCGCUACUCCUGGGAAUGGUCCAGACUUCCCUCGCUGAAGAAUACAGCCAGGAACAAAUUGUGGAAGCAGGCUUUCGGAUUUUGAGCCAAAAUACGUAUGAUCCUAAAAUAAAGGAAGAAACGGGUUUCGUCAACAAAUUGGCGGAGUUGCAGAACUCGAUAUACAUUCCACCUUUAAAAACCCACCUAGCACCAGAGCAGGUCAAUUCCGUUGCAGGCGAUUACUAUGGGACCCGUACUCAAACUAUCAUCUUGCUAGACCAGUACGGGUACUUACAUUACUACGAGCGGGAUCUCUUUGAUAAAGAUAGCUGUGAGCCAAGUGCUGAUACUGGAACCAAGCACUAUAAAAUUAAAACUAAAAACUGA